AUUUUGCUCGAUUACAUUUGCCCGAGUCUCACUCAAGUGACCACUAAGGUGCUCCUUCUCAGUGUCUAGUGAAUUCUUUCGAAAAACCUAAACUUAACCAAAAUGUCUCUUAAGUCAGAUACUCUCAUUCCCAAAAUCCUUGCUCGUUUGCAGAAGGUCGAUCCUAGUAAACGUGAACUUACAAGUAUCUUCAAAUUCAAAAUUACCGUUGGUGGUGCUGUCAAGAAAACAUGGAUGUUGGAUUUAAAGAACGUCAAAUUGUACGAAGCUGAUGAGGCCGCCGAUUGUACUUUGACCUGUGAUGAUGAUACCUUCGCCGACAUGAUCAACAAGAAAUUGGAGCCCAAAACUGCCGUCGAACAGGAUAAACUAGACAUUGAUGGAGAAUUGGCUCUAGCACUUAAGUUGGUUCCAUACAUUUCAGAAUUGUAAACAAUUUUGUAUAACAUAUUUAAGACUAAAUGAGAAUGAGACAUUUGA